UGCUAGUGUAUAAUGUUUGCUGGCUGGAACGCCGCUGCUGUCGCCCUUCGCUGGCGCUGGCGAUCCCGAUCACCGGAGCGUCGCGGGGCGGGGCUUCUUGCAUUCUCUGGCAAUGCUGGCAGGAGUCCUCUUUCGAAAUGGCGAGCACGGGGCCCAUCGUUUUAAGUUAUCACAACUGCCUUCUUCGACGUAGUGAUCUAGCGUUACUUGAAAAGCCAAGAUGGCUAAACGACCAAGUGAUUUCCUUUGCAUUUGAGUACUAUGAAUAUGACCUCUUCAAGGAUUUUUCAGAUGAUGUCGCUUUCAUUGGUCCUGAUAUAGCACAGUUUAUCAAGUUAUCUCAAGGUGCAGAGGUUGGGAUGUUCCUAGAAUCUCUUAAUCUAGCCUACAAGCAGCUUGUAUUUUUAGCCAUAAAUGACAGUGAAUCUGACACAUCUGUUGGUGGUUCGCAUUGGAGCUUGCUGGUGUGUUGUAGACGAGACAGUACCUUCAGACACUAUGACUCCGCAAGUUCCUAUAAUGAGCAUGCAGCAAGGCAGAUAGCAGAGAAAAUGCAGCCUCAUGUUGGUCUGGAGAAGUCCCAUGUCAUGUUUGUACAAGAACAGUGUACUCAGCAGGAAAAUGGCUAUGACUGUGGCCUGUUUGUGAUCUGCAACGCUGAACAUAUCUGCAAAGAUCACUUUCAAGGGACUGCUGGUGCUGUCACCCAGGCUGGUGUAACCAAGAAGAGAGAUGAUCUGAAGAAUCUAAUCCUCCAGCUUGCUGCAGCUCAAGAUGGUGUCAAAUGAAUCCAACCCCUCAGCAGAUAAUGAAGGGGGAAACAAUGCUGAUGCAAGUGUUCCAGAUUAUCCUAUUGAUGGGAGAAGUGUUGAAGGGUACAUGUAUUUCAUCAAACUUUGAGACAAUUGAGGUAUGUUUUACACCCACUUGUCUUUUUGCAGGAAACUGAUACCAUCAGAGGUUUACAGGAUUAUUCUUAUCGUGUCUUCCAAGCUGCUGUCGUAAUAUUUCUGUAAUUGAUAUAUCUUGAUACUUUAAGUGAAUACUAAUACUUUUUUCAUCUAAUUGGUUGUUUUCCAGUAAGUUCUCAAGCCAUACUUCAAACUAUUGUUGAAUGAAUUUUGUUCAAUUAAUAGCACAUAAACAUUUAAAAGUUAUAUAAUAUGAUGAUUAAAAUUACCUUAAAAUCCAAUCAGAUACAUGAAAAUUAUUUCAGUUCACAGUUCGCAAACAUCUGUGGACAUCAAUGUGCUCAUUGCUUCUCUGUAUGGCAUGUUUUUAAGUCCAUUUAGGGGCAUUCAUUUAACCCACUAAUGUUAAUCUUGCCAAAAUUUGACUAUAAGAUAAAGCAAUUUUCUAAAUAGAGAUGAGUUAGCCCCUAGCUAUGAUUGGUGCAUGGGGCGUUGUCUCAGGGAGUAUUCCAUGAAGCAUUCUGUGUUAGUAGUUUUACUUUUAGCCAAUCAGAUGCAAACUUUUCAGAAGCUUAUAACACCUGUCUCUGAAAAUUCUUUAGAAAUCACUUUGAGAAAUUGUCACUCAAAUUUUUCUGGUCCUUUUGGCUUGUGUGAUAAUUAAUAUGUGACCAGAUAGGGUGAACGUCGUUUAAAUUAUGAUCAGCAUCAUUUUCAAAAAGAAUUUGAUAUCUACAGUGCGUGUUUGUUCAUAAACAGUUAAAAACAAAGGUUUUAUCACUAAUAGAUAUAAUGCAGUACUUCUUCUUGCCUUAUAAUUAUGGUAAAAACAUUUCCCUAUCCAUGGUUCAAAUUUGCGAAAUGCAGCAACGGAAUGCAUAGCCCCAUAUAUUAUGAAGGUGUUAUUACUGGGGUUCCUUUUGCUUUUCAUUGAGUCUGAUGCCAUAAAAUCUUAUUAUAUUUCUCAUGAAAGAUCAAAACAGACUGACUUUAAAUGGUAUGCGCUGCAAGAACAUGAUACAGUGAUACAAUUUAUCAUAGUGCUUGGUUUGUCCAAGUUCUUGAUAUUUGCUUUUGUUUGAAAUGAAAUUGAAUUGAAUUGCAUACAUAAAGACAGUAUGCAUGUACUCUUUUUCUUGUAACCCCAUGAUAAUAUAACUUGGAUUUCAUUCAAGCCAUUUAUUAAUGGAGUGCUAUGUUUCAUCUCCCUUUAAUUCAAUGUUCAAGAAAUAAGAAUUAAAUUAAUGAUGUUUUAGAUUGUUGUGGAAAGCAUAUAGAAAAGAAAUAUAGCUUUUAUAAUAUGAAUUAUUUUGUUUAACAUUAUAUGCAAACGGCAAGGGAUAAUUGGUUUUGUGAAAAUGAUAAUGAGAUUAUUUGCACUCUUUUCAAAUUAUUAUGAUUAUUAUUAUUUCCCUUUAAUUUUUUGUUUUUCUAGUUUUGUUCUUUUAUUCAAAGCCAUAUGAAGAUAAAAUUUAUGUUUUUAGAAUGAAAUUAUUUUGGUUGUUUGAUUCUACACUUUUCAAAUAAGUCAACUUAGAUUUGCAAGGUAAACCUGUUUUCCCCGCUUAUCAAUGGUAUGUUGUAAUGAUCAUUGAUCAGUUGUGGAAAAGCUGAAGCCAAAAAGAAUGAUAAAACAUAAUCUUAUUCAUAAGGGAUUCAGAUAACUGUAUUUAUUAGAUUCAUUAUGCAUUCUUCUUUAAGUCUAUUACAAACCAAUUACUUGAUAUUAGUUGACAAACCUAACUUGUUUAUAUUUAUCAAUAUGAUAAGCACAAUAAUCACUUGAUAAUAAAAUAUAAUAUAAACAUCACAAAUUGAUUGCAAAUGGGAAUAUUGAAUUUGGCAGAAACAAAAACAAUUUCAUAAUAUAUGCAAAGGCAAUUACUAGUACACUCAUUUUUUUGUUGGCCCAGUUGAUGUUUUGAUUAUGACUUAGCUAUUCAAUGGUAACUUACGUUAUAAGAGCUCUUUAGACAAUGGAAAUGCAAGAUUCCAUGGAAGUUACCAUUGAAAGGCAAAGUGAAAGGAAGAGAAAAUUUUGUGCAACCGGGACCUGGGUCCCCUUCAUAAAGAUUUACAACUAGCUAUUUUUGUCAUUAUGACAACUGCCAUAAUAACAGGACUCUCCAGCCAAUCACACAAGCACAAUCGAAAGUUUCCAUGUUAGUUACCAUAUAAAUAGCAAAGUUACCUCAGUUGUAAUUUUUUAUGAAAUGGGCUCCUGUUCUAUUAUUUCCAACUAUUAUACAUUUUUUCAACAAGAUUUGUUUGUUUCAUCAGGUGACAUUCAAAUGAUGUAUUUAUCUUGCUAAGUAUAAAACAGUAUAAAUGAUAUAAAUAAACAAUAUUCUUUUUAUAUAUACUUUAAUCUCGUCUUUGCCUUGGUUGCUAUCAUAAUCAUAGUUUUCUUUUUAAACCUUACUGUAAUUAUUAACUGAUCAGCAAUUAAACGCAUCUCAUCUGCAUAAUAGUGUAUAUAUGUCAAAAAAGUAUCUACACACAUUCCAAUAAUACAUAAUAUGUUGCAUACAUCCAUAAUUAUUCUAAUCACUCUUAUCAAACCAGAAAAUACAAGUACUGACUAUAA